AGCAACCUGGAGCGCAACUCCGCAUUAGUCGUCUCAUUCGUUUCUUUACCGCAGCCGCUGCAUCCAAUCAACCCUACGACGGUGAAGCCGUCGUCUUCUUUCUUGAAGCGGGUCAACUGCUACUAAUAAACCGCAGCUGCACCACGUAAGUUGCUCAGCGACUCCUUUUCCUCCCUUCCUUUACUCUGGAUCUCUAUUCCCGCUUUGCCGCACCUUUGUUUUUCCUUUCACUUUCGCUAUUCAGUAUCUAGCAGAAACCGCUUUUCUCUCCUUCGAUGGAGUCGCCGCGUAGUACGCAGAGCAGCGCUGCGGGAGACGCAGCUGCGCCGCCUGCCAGCCGCAAUCGAUGCGCCAUCGCUGUGAAGGGCGACGUGCAGUACCUCUUUGUGGUGGUGCCGAAGCCGAAACCGCCGCCCAAGGUGGAGCUAGAGGACUUGCUGUUUUUUGAAACACCGGCUGCCCCGCCGCCUGCCCCCAAGCCGCCGCCGCCGCCGACCGACGACUUGUACUGCCCGAUGAAGGAAUGGCUGGGCGGGUCCGUCACCAUCCCGCUCGAGGUCACGAGCAGGGGGCAGCUGCAGCGAUCUGUUGUCUUCCCUGCAACGGAGUUCGCCUCCCUCGCUCAGGCGCGGCAGCAGUGCGGGCCGUUCACGAGCUUCCAGGAGUUCCCCGCUCUGUUUGGGUGCCUGCGCAUCGACAAGGUGUACAUGCUCGUCGCCACGUCCAUCACGACUGCCGUCCGCCUGCCAUUUGCUGGCGUCAUUCACAAGGUGGAGGGGACGGCGUGGGUGCCCUUCGAGCUGCGGGGUGUGGCGCCGGUGCGCGUAAGCCCAGCCGACCGCACGCGGCUGAGCGAGUUUCGGGAGUACACGUACUACAAAGGCUAUUACUACAGCGACGACGCGGAUGUAAUGCUCCCGUUUCCCUUCACGAAGCCGGAUGCGUGCGCGGCUCCGGGCCUGGCAUGCGACUGGUCCGCCCACCUGCGCGAGCCGUUCGCCGCCUGCUCACUCCCCGCUGCGUGCUCGAAGCUUAUUCGCGGCUUUGCUGGGGAGCGGGUGUGCACCCUGAAGGACGGUGUGGAGCUCCACCUUGUGCUCCUGGGCCGGCAGAGCAACGUCAACCCUGGUCCGCGCUACCUCGGCCGCGGUCUCAACUCGGCCAACGGCGCCGGCAACGACCACUACUACGAGUAUAUUCUGUGGAAGCACUACGGCCCGGACACGGUCACCUUCACCCGCCACUCCAUUCUCCGUGGGACGAUUCCGGUGCAUUGGACCACGCAAGUCAGCAUGUCCAUCUCCGAGCCGGCGAUGAUCUUUAGUCCCGACAAGGCGGAGGUCAUCCACGGCAGCACACCGUACUUCGAGAACACCUUCCAGAAACUGAGGCAGGUGAUGCUGCUCGACACGCGCGGCGCGACCACAGCGAACCCGCAGGUGCGCUGCAUUAGCCUGCUGCGGCUCAACCCGCAAAACGGUGAGGACGUGCUGGCGCGCUACUUCCUCGACGCCGUGCGGGCGGCCGACCCGGUGAUCAGGGGCAAGUUCGCCGGCGGCGGCCUCGACCUUGUCCACGUGGACUGGCUCAACCUCAUCAAGGAGUACGGGAUUCAGGUCGCGACCUCGACGUUCUGGGAGGCCUCGAUGGGCUUCCUCGGCACCACCACCACCCCGGAGGACUCGAUGAUGACGGUGGGCAUGAUGCGCCGCACCGGCGAGGUGGACCGCCUCAUCACGCAGUCCCGGUUUGUCCGCAUCAACUGCGCCGACUCCCUCGACCGCACCAACCUCGGUUGCUUCUUCACGUGUCUGCAGCUCUCCAUCGCCAUGCUGGUCACGCAGCGCAUCCCCUUUUCGAGCUUCGCGGAGAGUCCCCUGGUGCCGGCGCUGGAUGCGUCGGAGGAGAUUGGGCAGGAGAGCACCUACGCCGGGGCUUACGCGCCGGUCUCGGGGGCGAAGCAGACGGUGCCGAAGCCGUUUGUGAACACGUGGAACGACGUACGCGACCCGAAGCGCAUCCCGCCGGUCAUCGUGCGCGCCUUGGCGGAGCUCUUCGUGCUCAACGGCGACUCCGUCGCGAUGCUCUACACGAACUCGGCGGCCAUGCACGGCAACAUCCUUCGCGGGGUGUGCGGCAUGCGCCUGCAGGGCUACAACGCAGUCAUCGCGACCCAGCGCAAAUACGAGAACGUCUUCGAGGACCGCAAUAAGUUUCGCAGCAUUGAACUGCUCCUGGGCCGAAAUCAAGGCGAUCACUUCCCGAGUAUCAGUGACAUCUUUCUCUUGCGUCCCGUCCCGUACACGCAGUGGGCCUGCGCGAUGGUGGUGGUCGGCGUGCCCGACGGUGUCACGGUAGCCGACAUCGACGCGGCGGUGCGGCGCGCGUGGGAGACGGGCGUCACCCCGCAACUCGCCCGCCGCCAGCUCCCGCCCAUCGAAAGUACCGCCCUGUGCUUCACCGUCACCCUGCCCAAGCCGUCGGAGAAGCAGGAGCACGAUGAGCUGGCGCAGUCCAUGAAGCAAGUCUCCUUUGACAACGCCCCGCCGGCGAACGACCCGUUGGAGCAAGCGACGCAGGAAAACGGCGCUGUGCGCACCCUCAGCGAGCGUCUUGCAGUGGUAGAGUUCGACCCGGACUUAUGCAGCGUCGUCGAUGCGGCCACGAUGGUACGGCAGCAGGGUUUUCUCUCUCUCGGCGGCCGCAACUGCAUCCUCGCGCCUUACGCCUACCCAAUACAAACAGGCAGCGACUCUGUCGGCAUGGGUGGGGCCGUCAAGAAUGUCGGUACGUCUCUCAAGCGCGGCUUCAAAAACUUUGUCCGUGGGCUGAAUUAA